AUGGAAUGUCGUGUAUGCUCCACUGCUUGUUUCGAUGCUCCUCUUGUGAACAAUAAGAGCCAGGGGGAGGGUGAAAGGCAGAAGGAUUCUUCUUUUGUUGGCCUCGUUUUCGGAGCCAUCGUAAUCGUCAUGCUUGAUGUAAGAAGAAGUUUAUGCGAAGAAGAGCAGAGUCCUCCGCAAGGACAGCUGAUGAGCAAAGACAGCAUCGAGAAGAUUGCAACGCUGAUCAAUGCACUUGUUGACAUGGACUACUUCACGGAAGAGGAGGAGCAGGAGAUAUUCGAGCAUGCUGUCACGAUGGUUCUGCAGGAAAUAGAAAGAAUUCUCCCACCUCCAGUGUUGCGAUUGGUGAUUCACUCAGAUGAUAAGGAUGGGAUUGAUGAAGAGCAUGCCGAGAGCAUGAAGUCGAGGCUGAUUGAGUUUGUGAAGUGGAACAUCAAAAUUCCAUACUUGGAUGCGACUGACGAGGCCAGGGUUGUGACUGCUGUCUGCGCGGUAAUCGUUGAGAGUCUGAAGAAAGGAAAGUCGUUCAAGAACGUUGUUGAGCCCGUCAACAGCGGAGAGCUGAUCAUGGACGUCUUUGUGAAAGGAAGUGUUGGCCUCUUAGACAGUGCAAAUAAAAAGCAAUUCGUCGAAACCAUUUGCGAGGAUCUCCAGAUCCCGUUCGUCCCUGAUCGACUUAAGACUUGGCUGGUGGGCAUGAUGGUGGAGGCGGUUGGUGAAGUCUUUGAAGCUUCCAUCCUUGCUGUCUACCAGAACAGAAUCUCGGAGGCGUAUGACUGGGCUGCGGAUCGAGUGGCAGACGCAAAGGAGUCGGAGGCAUUCAAACUUUUGAGACAACAACGACCAUAUUCUCGAUGGAGCUGGUUAGGUAACAGAAUAUCUGCCAAGGAAUAUGUCGACAAGCGAUCAGAAGCUAAGUUUGGUGAAGAAGUGAGAGACUGCCUGGUGAAUGAGCUCAACGAGAAGAUCAAUGUGAUAGGGUGGGUAUGCGACAAGUUCGAAGAGUGGGAAGGCAUACUGAUUCGAAACAUUGUGGACCUUACUUUAAUGGAGAGCAUGGACAUGGAGAAAAUGGAGGGAUCCGUCGCCUACUUGUGCAAAGAAAACUUUGGCUGUACGUAUCCCUGCUUCAAUUAUGCUUCUUCUACUGACGCACAAGACAAUUGCUGCACCUCAUCCAAUCAGUCGCGAUAG